AUGCAGCAGCAGGUGGAGCAGUUCAUGCCGCCGAUCGAUCCGGAUAACGAACAAUUCGUGAUCCACGUGCGCUCGAAGCGAGGGAUUAAGGCUUGGUACCCUUUGAACGUGGUCACGGGCGGGAGCGCGGCGAACACGUUGGUGAAGGGGUUGGACAACGACAUGUCCAAGGAGAUGGCGCAGAAGUCGCUCUCGCAAAACAUCGGCAAGGCCAUCUAUAAGGAUAUGGCGGCGAUCGAUAAGGUUGCGCGAUCGAUGCCGAUGUUGAAGCAAGCGAAGGAGAUCGAAUACGGUUUCAGCGUGCUCGACAAGGAGAACCCGCGGUCGAUGUUCAGCCCGGCGAACGACAAGGUCUGGCUCAUCCCGAGCGAAGAGGAGUGCGAGACGCCGGCUGACAAGUUCCAAGAAAUGGGCGACAACAUGAAGAAGAUGUUCGGUCAAUAG